AUGGCGUUGACUCACAUUAAGGAGAACCACAAGUUUCAGAAAAAUGGCAGAGAGGGUCACAGGGAAGAUGAUCCAGCAAAGGGCCUAGCACACAUCGUCAAUGAAAUCAAAGGGAAACAUGAGCUAAAGUAUGUGUAUGUAUGGCAUGCCAUUACUGGAUACUGGGGUGGAGUCAGGCCAGGUGUAGCUGGAAUGGAGCACUACGAAUCAAAGAUGCAGCAGCCUGUGUCAUCACCAGGGGUUCGGAAAAACGAGCCCUGUGAUGCUUUGGACAGCAUAACGACCAAUGGACUGGGCCUUGUGAACCCUGAGAAAGUAUUCAGUUUCUACAAUGAACUCCACUCGUAUCUUGCAUCUGCUGGGAUCGAUGGGGUCAAGGUAGACGUGCAGAACAUCCUUGAGACGCUGGCUGCUGGCCAUGGGGGAAGGGUACUGCUAGCUAGAAAGUACCAGCAGGCUCUAGAAGCUUCCGUCGCUAGGAACUUCCCUGACAAUGGCAUCAUAUAUGCAUGA